CUAAGUGAAUCAGAUAGUCACAGUCCAGAAGGAUUUCACUUUAGACAUUCUCUCACACACCCACACAUGCUUUCUUUUUUUUCUCACCCUGUCUUCCGAACACUUUGUGUCUCUCACUAAAUUAGUGCUCAAAAGCAACUCUGUGCUUUUGACACUAGUGUGAUUAAAACAUAUUGCCUUCCUUCCUCUUGACUAUCACUCAGAGAGAAGUACUCUAGCAUAAGCAGCAGCACCAGAAAAGAAGUAACAAAAUGUUGUCAUUCAAGGCAUUGCUUUUGGCUGUUUUGAUUUCAACUGCAUUGGCAGGACAAUGGAAUAGCAUAUGUGCUGGAAAUCCUUCUAAUAUUAUCAGGACCUGUGAUAUACAUGGAUGUGGACACUAUGGUGCUUAUAGGGGUCAAAACCAACAAAUCAGGCAUUCUUAUCUCGGUUCCAGAGGCAAAAGAAAGCAUGGUGGAGUGGAUGUACAGUGUACAGAUGGAGCAACUGUGUAUGCCCCUUUCACUGGAAAUAUUCUUAAAGAAGCAAAACCUUAUAGGAAAAAUAAUGCAAUUAAUGAUGGCAUACAGAUAUCUGGAGGUGGUUUCUGUGUCAAGAUAUUCUACAUAAAACCAGUUAAAUAUAGUGGUUCUAUCCAAAAGGGAGAAAAACUAGGAGUCCUAUUGCCUAUGCAAAGAGUGUAUCCUGGCAUCCAAUCACAUGUACACAUCCAGAAUUGUGACCGGAGUGAUCCUACUCGUUAUUUGUAAAUGGAAAGAUGAAGGCAGACCUUUUUUUUUUUUUUAAACAACUGCAGCAUAUUAAACUUUCCCCUCUGCAAUCUAUUUUCUUUUCCUUGAACUCAUUGUCACAUAAAAAGCUAGUCACAGUGUAUCAACAUUUUGUUCACUCAUUGAUGUUAGAAAAGCCUUUCCCCCCUAUCCUUUCUAUCUGAUUUAUUUGCCACAGAUGGGAUUUUGGGUGCCUUUCCUUACUCCUUAUUUUUCCCCAAAGCAUAUCUGAAAUAAAUAAAUUAACCACA